AUGGUUUUCGAUGGCUGGGUGUCCUGCCCGCUCCCGCCGCUUUUCAGUUUCGCCAUCUACUUCACACAAAUGACCCCGGAGACUGUGAAGCCGGUUGAGCUUUUCAAAGCUAUUAAGCGCAGAACGCCGUACGACAACACAGGGUGUCCGAUCCGUCUGGAACUCUACUUUCUUCCUGCGUCCGACGUGGAUAGCAGUGUUGACGAUGAGUGUAUUGCUCAUUAUCGCAAAGAGAAGGCCGCCCGGGGACAUUAUACACGUCAAAUCCAACAUGUCGAGGAGACCGCACAGGAAGAUUAUACACGUCAAAUACAAGAUAUGAAGGACUCGGCCUCGGAUGAUGAUACUGAAGAGCAGCAGUAUGGCAACGACCGAGCCAGACAACUACCUGGUCUAGUGCCUAGCUAUAUCGAUUAUCACCUUGGUGACUAUCAUCACGGGACUAUCUUCCGUUAUUCAGGCGCAGAUUGGUCCACAGACAAGAGUCCAGCACGCCGCAUUAAAUUUGAUCGAAUUUCCGAGGAAGAAUAUGCUCGCGUAACGGAGAGAAAUGAUGAAUUUCAUCGCGUACAUCCGGUAGAGGUUUCUUCUAUGCCGUUCCAGGAGAGCGACGCUACUUAUGAGGGGGAGACAUUUGUGGGCAUAGCUAUGUUUUACGCUGCACAUGGGCCAACGGAAAACGAGACUAAUCACCCCUGGUCAGAAGCGCGGGACCGAGCCUGGAAGUCAUGGUGA